AUGGACAGCACGUUCGGCUCGCGCCCGUUCAGCGCAGCGUCCUCGCGCGGCUCGUCCAGCAUCGCCGCCGACCGGGCGCCGACCUCGUCAUCCCCAGCUCCCCCUCUCCCACCUUCCUCGACUACCCCGAUCGCCGCACGCGCACCCGAGCUCUCGCCGCCGACCCCGGCACCGUCGCCCCAGCCGACCGCGCGAGCAUACCCGUCGCUCGAGGCGUCGUCGUCGAGCUGGCGGCCAAAGGGCACCCCGCUCGAGUCGGACCUCGCCCUUCUUCGAUCCGGCGUCAACGCCCUGUCGCGCCGCGCGCGCGAACAGCUCCUCCAGGACCUCCUCGCCGACACGGCCCCGAUCGACCUCUCGCCCCUCUACCCCCUCAUCGUACCCCGCCUCCAACGCGACUUCCUGCGCACCCUCCCGCUCGAGCUCGCGCUCCACGUCCUGUCGUUCGUCGACGAGGCCAAGACGCUCGCGCGCGCGAGCGCCGUCAGCCGGCACUGGCACGCGCUCCUCCUCGACGAGUCGACCUGGCGCCGCAUGUGUUGGAAGUCGGGCUUUGCGCCGCCCGAGAAGCCGGCGCCGCCACCGCCCGUACCCGUUCCCGCCGACGCCACCGUCCGGUACCUCUCCGACACCGACGACCGCUCCUCGUCGGCCGCGUCGUCCUCGUCGGCACCAGCCUCGUCGUCGGCCGGCUCGGCACCGUCGGGCUCGUCGACCCACGUCUCGCCGACGACGGCGCCGCCGCAGCCGCACCGGCCGUUCUCGUACCGGUCGCACUUCAAGCUCGCGUACCUGUCGGAGCAGAACUGGGUUCGCGGCCCGGGCACGCUCCUGAGCACCCAAAUGUCGGUCGACCAGGGCGUCGUCACGUCGAUGGCGUUCGACAACGAGUGGAUCGUCGUCGGCAUGGACACGUCCAAGGUCCACAUCUUCGAGGCCGGCCUCGGCACCUACGUCCGGACCCUCGCCGGCCACGAGCUCGGCGUGUGGUGCCUCACGCUCGCGGGCGCGGUCGUCGUCAGCGGCGGGAGCGACAGGAACGUCAGGGUGUGGGACGUCGCGACCGGUCGCUGCCUGCACGUCCUCCCGGGCCACACGUCGACCGUCCGGUGCCUGCGCGUCCUCGAUGCGCGUCCUGUCGCCGUCUCGGGCUCGCGCGACGGCUCGAUCCGCGUGUGGGACAUUGAGCGAGGGCUCGCCCUGCGCCUGCUGAGCGGGCACCGCAAGAGCGUACGCGCCAUCGAGGUGUGCGGCAACAAGAUCGUGAGCGGGUCGUACGACACGACGGCGAGGUUGUGGAACGUCGACACGGGCGAGUGCCUGCAUGUUUUCCGUGGCCACAUCGGCGAGAUCUACGCGGUCGCGUUCGACGGCGCCCGCGUCAUCACCGGCUCGCUCGACUCGACCGUGCGCGUGUGGAACGCCGAGACCGGCGACUUUCUCGCCCUCCUGCAGGGCCAUACGCUCCUCGUCGGCCAGAUGCAGCUCGACCCGUACUCGGACCUCCUCGUCACGGCCGGCUCGGACGGGACCGUCAUGGUCUACUCGCUCACGACGUACGAGGCGCUGCACCGCAUCAAGGCGCACUCGCAGAGCGUCACGAGCCUCCAGUUCGACGAGCGCUUCAUCCUCUCGGGCGGCAACGACGGCCGGCUCAAGCUCUGGGAUACCAAGACGGGCGCCUACCUGCGGGACCUGUCUGACCCGUGCGACACGGUCUGGCGCGCGCUCGUCCGCGACGACAAGCUCGUGUCGCUCAGCAGGCGCGAUGACCGCAUCCUGAUGGACGUCAAGACGUUCCGCGAGGCGGCGCCGGACUCGUGAGGAGGGUCCGAGCGUGCGAGGGAGGGGUUCUUGGCCCGCGAGGGACGGAGCGGCGACCUUUCUUGCGCUCUUUUCUUUGCCGUGCGACGCACUCUGUCUUGUGCCUCUUUCUUUGCAACUCUUGGUCGUUGCUCUCGA